AUGGUUGAUGAGCCUCACAAGAAAAAGAAAUCUGAAGAGCAGCCUUUCAGGUCACCAAUUGCUGAUCCAUUUGCAGAGAGUUCUCUUUCUAAAAAAAUAGUGAAGGUUACGUCAAAGUGUAAGAGUUAUUGUAGUUUCGGAGGGAGGAUUGGCAAAGAGAGGAGUCAAAGAAGUAGUAAAGGCACUAAAGAAAAAGAAGAGAGGGAUCGUAAUUUUGGCAGGAGACAUUACACCUAUUGAACUGGUGGCUCACAUUCCUGUCAUUUGUGAGAAUAAUGGAAAUCCUUAUAUUUAUGUGAAAACCAAGGAUUACUUGGGAACUGCUUCACUGAGUAAAAGGCCGACCACAGUUUUCAUGCUUUCGAGACCUCCAAAGGCUCACGAUCUGAAGGAUGCCUAUGAUGAACUUUAUGAGGAAAUUUCAAACAUAAACCCAUAUUUACAAGACAAAUAA